AUGGAUAACUUGGAGGGGAUGCUCCUGGUCCCUCCGGAACGCGGCCAGAUACUUGGAAGAGCUGUUUGGAAGCUGCGAUAUGUUGUCGUUGGUAGGCGUAACACCAGAGGUGGCCCUAGUCAGUCACAGUUUAUCUCCAACGGUCGCAACAACAGUCUUGGGGGCAGUAGAUCUUUCCCCAAACUACCCAUAGAAGAAUCCUGCAUACUCAUCUAUAAACACAAGGACGACAAUGAGCCAAUCCAGCAAUGGCCAGUGAACUCUAUCACCGAUUGUCAGGUCCAGCAGAUCAAUCAUCGCAAACAGGGUCCCGUUCUUCCUACUCUCGUCAUCUCCGUUGCCGACAAAGAAAAGAAACGACGUUCGAGCCGGGCUGCCGGUCUCAUAUCAUCGAGCAAAGAAGCUAGCGCGACGACCCUGUGGUUUCGCACGCCUCCAGACGAUCAUCAUGUCAGUUUACAUGAGUGGGCACGCAACAUUCUUGCUCGAAAAUCUCCGAUGAGUCCAGAGAGCCCAAUGUCACCCCAGUUCUCCAACCCCUUUGCCUCGAUGUCUCGCGAUGCCUCCGAUUAUUUCUCCCGGCCGACCAGUGGUAACAAAUCUGGCCGGUCUGAUCCACGGAGUCUUCAACAUAAGAGCUCUAUCAACACACAAUCAACAACUACAACCACCACCACCACCACCAGAGAGCGGCCCCUCACAUUCAGUUCCGAAUCCCCUAGCUUACGAUCAAAACGCAGUGAUGUCUCCUCUCCUUCGAGCAACAAUUAUCCAAUUCAGCAAAUGAAUUUCCCGAUCCCUGGGCAGCACUACACUACGGUCCUUCCAACUGAUUUGCCAUCCCCUGUCAACACUACAGGAGAUUAUCAAGGGGAAUUCAUCGAGGGGUGGACCUCCGCGCAAGGAAGAUCAUCGACAAUGAGCUCGCCAAUCCGCGGUCGCAGCAGUAUUGGCUCUCAGCCGCCACAUCCAUCUAUCGCUGCGAUAGAGUCUAGCUCUCCGCCUGGGCCACGUGAGACCAUCUUGGACAGAGCGUUUCAGAUGCGAUGCAUUCCUGGUUCUGAGCGAGAGGUGCCUGGCGAGGAGAAGCUGAGCUCCUUGGCUCGAUUUGAUGCAUUGAUGCGAGAAGCUGACGACAAAAUGAAACAGAGGGCAGAAGCCGAACGAGCCCAACAAUUGGCAAUGCGCAGUGCUUUCGAGGCCUCUGACAGUUCUAGCCAGGAUGAUGAUAGCGAUUCGGACGAUUUAGACGAGGAUGCGUACGGAGGGGUUCCUGAUCGACGGGGUCCGGCCUUGAUACCUUCGACAACACAGAGGGCAUUGCAGUUUAUUGCUGAUCGUCGUGACCCAGCACCGUUAUCACCAUCCAGCCGUUCUUCGGUAUCGAGGACUCCGGUGAUACCCCAAUCACCUCCUAUACGACCGCACACUGCACAUGCUAAAACGAGGCCGAACCCCACACAGAGGACUAACAGCACCCCUCAAAUGAUUGCCAACAUGGCCAGGCUGGAAUUGACUGCACCCCCAAGCAAGGUGUCUGAUGAUUCCUCAUUGAGGUCGAACGGAGACAAGCGUCUCUCCACUUCAAGCACUGCUACCAAAAGACGAACGCUAGUGGGAGGAGUUCCCGGAGAAGCAGCGAGAUCGACCUCCAGCCCUCGCCCCUACCAUGUGGGACACUGA